AUGGGAGACCCAACAGCCGUAUACGAGUUCUUGAACCCAACUUGUGAUUCUUCUUCAAAAGAAUCAUCUCCUCCUUCUUCAAAGAGACCACAACAACAGCAACUAAAUCAACCGUUUCACCAACAACCACCUUCUAGAACAUUCCAAUGCCAUUUCUGUAACCGCAAGUUCUACACAUCACAAGCCCUCGGCGGCCAUCAGAACGCUCACAAGCUCGAACGAGCUGCUGCUAGAAGAACCGCCGUAACGGUCACUCUCCAACCACCACCACCACCUCCGCCGCCGCCACAACACUCGCUCUUUCCGUCCAUGGAGUCUUCUCCUCCGUUCUUUCUCAGAAACAGCAACGAUCUCAACAACAACAAGGCGGCUAUGGUUGCCGCUGCCAUGGCUAUGCCUCAACAUGAAAUGGAAGUCGCUGAUCAUCACGGCGGCGCUGGCGGUGGCCGUUUCUUUGGAAACCCUUACUGGCUUGAAAUGGAUCCUCCGCCACCAUUGCAGCAGUUUCAGCAGCAGCAUCAGCAAAUGAAUCAUCAUCAUCAUCAUCAUCAUCAUGCUCCUUCUUCUUCACUGGGAUUCUUCCAUGGCGGUGGUGAAGGUGGUUCUUCCGGAUCUUCAUCUUCCACUUCUACUACUACCAAUCCCCCUCAGUAUCAGUAUCAUGUUGUUUCACAUAACAAUAACGCUUCUGGUUCUGCUGCUCCAGCUUCUUCUUCUGAUGCUUCCGAUAACGUUAACCUCGACCUCACACUUCGCUUAUGA